CUCCUCUCCAGGCUCAGUGACCAUGGCGUCCCCUGCCAGGGCGCACAGGAGUGGGCUGCUGGAGCUGAGGACUCCUGGGGAGCGCUGGCUCCGGAUACUACUUCUUCUUGGGGAGGAGACGCUGAGCUUUACUCCAGAGCCAGAGCCAGGGGCCCCAGAAGAGAGAGCAGUGAAUGGGGGCGACUCCACCGGGGGGGUCCCUGAGUCCAUAAUCAACCUGCGCAGGACGGUGAGGGUGGUCAAGCAUGACGCGGGGGGAUUGGGCGUCAGUAUCAAGGGUGGCCGGGAAAAUAAGAUGCCGAUUCUCAUCUCCAAGAUAUUCAAGGGCCUUGCUGCCGACUUGACGGGCGCUCUUUACGUGGGCGACGCCAUUUUGUCUGUCAAUGGAGCCGACUUGUCGGACGCCACCCAUGAUGAUGCCGUGCAGGCUCUGAAGAAGACUGGGAAGGAGGUGGUGCUGGAAGUGAAGUAUAUGAAGGAGAUAUCUCCCUUCUUCAAAGGUUCAACCUCCACCGGGCCUGGGAGCUGGGAUGGCACUUCACUGGGCCCGCCCCUGAAGAAGAGCCCGGCCUUGCCUCCGCGGGACAUAAAGGAUGGGAAGAGUAUCGCUCUGAAGAUGUGCUACGUGACACGCACCUUCUUACCUGCCGAUCCGGAGCCCAGAUACCUAGAGAUUUGUUCCGCAGAUGGAAGAGAUGUUCUCUUCCUCCGGGCAAAGGAUGAGGGUACGGCCCAGUCCUGGUUCAGCGCCAUUCAUGCCAAUGUCAAUGCCCUGAUACCGCGGGUCCGAGAGGACGUGAAACAGCUUGUGGGGAAGGAGAUAAAACACCUGGGCUGGCUGACGGAGCAGCUGCCGCAAGAUGAAAAGCAGAAACUCCUGGCAAUUCUUACCGAAAAAGAUCUUUUGUUAUACAGUAAUCUCCCGCACACCAGAGACGGCUUCAGUAAACCCGUAUUCUGCCACCCGCUGAUCGCCACCAGACUUGUCCACUCUGGGCCUCCCAAAAGCACCUCAAUGUACAACACCGAGCUGGCAUUUGCCCUCCGCUCUGGCACCCAAAAGGGCGUGGAGACACAUCUGUUCAGUGUGGAGACACAACGGGAGCUGGCGGAGUGGACCCGGGCCUUGGUAGAUGGGUGCCACAACGCAGCCGAACUCAUACAGGAGGUGACCACAGCGUGUACAUGGGGCGGGAAGGAGUGUGCGCUCUCCAUACACAUCGACCAAGGGUUCACUCUGUUCACCGAGGAGCCCGGACUGAACAAGGUCGUCCAUCUCCAUAAACCCUUCGACAGGCUCCGGAUGUCUUCUGAUGAUGGCACCAGGAUGUUGUAUCUGGACUUUGGAAAACCGGAGGGAGAAAUUCAACUGGAUCUUCAUUCUUGCCCGAAAACUAUCGUCUUCAUCAUUCACUCUUUCUUGUCAGCCAAGAUAUCUCGUCUCGGAAUUUUACCUUAAAAAUACAAAGAAAAAAAAAGAAUCUGGAAAGAACGGAUGACGUGAGAACCUAUAUGGUCCAUUCACUAACGCUAAGUAACUGUGAAUGUGGGAGAAGCGGCAGAUUCUAACCACUCUGAUGCAAAGUGUAAGACUGAUAAGAGGCGCAUCAAUCCUCCGGCCGCCAUAUAGUGCCUUAUCUGUGUUCUGCGGUGUCCACCAGGACAACGAGAGGCAGCGGAGACAGAACUGUUGGUGCCUUGGGAGGACUACAGUCGGAGGUCCUCCACACACGCUGCAGGAAUACAUCCUUGUCUACGCCCCAAUCCUAUUUUACAUUUUGUGGUUUUUAUUCUAAGUAUAUAUAAAGAUAUAUAAAUAUGUGUAUAUCCACAGAGUUCAGAGAAAAUGUAUUUAAUUUUUAUUAAAAGUCCGACAGGCCGUACGAGGUGGCAGCUUUCUAUUGGCCGGCAGGAUCUUUUUGCCAUUUUAUCAGUAUUGAUCAUAUCUCUAUAGAGCCGAACAGUGUUUCUCCAGAUGAUGCAAAACUACAGCUCCCAGCAUGCCUGGACAACUAAAAGCCUGUCUGCCUCCUACAAAGGAUCCACAAUGUCCAUAAAAGAUAAAUCAAGGCUUCCCUCUCGUCUCAGCAGCCUUUGGCCUUUGAAUUGCAAAUAGCAGCAUAUAUCCUCCUGCUGCCUUGUUGGUAUAACAGAAUGGGGUCUGUAGAGAAGAUUUCACAUGGUUUUAAUGAUUAUACUACUUUCGGGUAAAGGCCUCAUGCACGUGGUGGUAUCAGAAGCCUUACCGUGACCAUACGGGUGAACUAAGGUAUUGUGUAGCACAGUGGUCUCUACUGUGGACCUUCAGAAGUUGCGAAACUACAACUCCCAGCAUGUCGGGACAGUCAACAUCUUCUGAGAUGAAAGGAAAACCUUGAUUCACCUUUCAGGGACAGUGUUGGCGCUCUGAAGAAGGUAGACAGGCUUUUGGCUCUCCAAAUAUGUUGGGAGUUGUAGUUUUUCAACAGCUUGAGGACUGUACUUUGAAGACUACAGCACAAAGGGGUGAGACGAGAGGGAAGCCUUGAUUUACCUUUGAGGGACAUUGUGGAUCCUCUGUAGGAGGCAGAUAAGCCUUUGACUGUAUGGGCUUACUGGGAGUUGUAAUUUUGCAGCAGCAGGAGCCUAUUUGUGUGAGAUCCUUGGUAUGGACGGAUCAUGGGGAGCCAAAUGCAAGGGGGGGGGGGGGUCACCAUAUAGGCCCCAUGUGCCGUAUAUAGCUCUGCCAUAGAGUGCCCCCCAUGGUUCCCAUCUAUAAGACAUUCAUCCUGUACUGGUUGUUCGUCGCACAAUAACUAUUUUUUUUCUGGUUUGUUAGAAUUAUAAAAUAAACCAAAAAAUGAA